AGCAGGUGCAAGUCGAGGACCGCAUACUGAUGGCGUCUCCUCGAGACCACAACCUACAACUACCGACGUCCUCCCCAUGAGACCAGAAACAUCAACUGAGGGCGUUCCUGAUUUAGCUCCCGCACAAGUACCAUCCGAGCAAGAUGUCGAGAUGAGUACCACCUCCUCUGUCGUUGAGAACAUCUCGUCUUCCUCUGAGACCGCGUAUCCGCGGCCAUAUCGUGUCGUAGUGCCAGAUGAGGUGAAUGGCCCAAUCGUUCGGAUCCUGAAGUCAGCGGGUUUCCCGAUGCCGCAGGUUGCUGUGCUCUCAUGGGUUUGCAUACAAAGUGGCAUUAGCUCCAUAACACUGGCUGCGCUACUGCGGAAAGUGGUUGGACGACUGACAUCAGGGGCAGCAGCAUCGAAUUCGAAUUCGAAAUUUACAACAACAACAACAACUGGUGGCUCUAGUGCUGCUGCUCCUUCUAGCAUCUUGUCAAAACUGCGUGGACAUGUCAGGCUUUCUCCUUUCGCUUUUGGUUUGAUCCUGUACGAACUCUGG